AGAUGAUCCUCUGAUUUUCCCCACAGUCCACAAUGAAGAACCUUGCUCUCCUGCUUCUGCUCUCUGCUUUCCUCCCAAAGGCCAAACUGUGUAGCCAAAGCUGCAUCAGUUCACUGAAGCAGGACAUCCUUAGCCUGCUAGUGAAAUGGGAAGGGACUUCCUGCGAUCCAGACCCACCACAGAAGAACCUGCCCCGAAGCUGCAAAGAAAUCAAGGAGUCCCAAGAAGAGGCCACAGAUGGACUGUAUUUCCUAAAGACGGAAGAUGGCGAGGUCUACCAAACUUUCUGUGAUAUGACCACCAAUGGAGGAGGUUGGACUCUGGUGGCCAGUGUCCAUGAGAACAACAUGUAUGGGAAAUGCACACUGGGGGAUCGUUGGUCCAGUCAACAAGGGAACAACCUCAACUACCCAGAAGGAGAUGGAAACUGGUCCAAUAACUCCACCUUUGGAUCAGCUGUGGCCUCAACCAGUGAUGACUACAAGAAUCCUGGCUAUUAUGACCUGAAGGCACAAGAUCUGGCCAUAUGGCAUGUUCCCAACAAAACCCCAAUGAAAGAAUGGCGAGACACCUCCCACUUGAGAUACCACACCGAAACUGGCUUCUUAGCUGCAGAAGGAGGCAACCUUCUCAGGCUGUACCAGAAAUACCCAGUGAAAUAUGGAAUUGGCAGUACUCCAGGUAGCAAUGGCCCAGCGGUGCCUGUUGUCUAUGAUGAGGGCAGUGCCACGAAGACAGCUGAAUAUUACUCUCCAAACGGGCGGAAUGAAUUUGUUGCUGGCUUUAUUCAAUUCCGAGUGUUCAGUUAUGAGAAAGCAGCCUCGGCUCUCUGCGCCGGGGUUAAAGCCACUGGAGGCAACCCAGAAAACUACUGCAUUGGCGGAGGAGGAUAUUUCCCUGAAGGGAAUCCUCGCCAGUGUGGGGACUUCGGUUCCUUUGACUGGGAUGGCUACGGGACACACCAGGGCUGGAGCACUUCUAAACAGCUAAUUGAAUCUGCUGUACUGCUCUUUUACCGUUGA